CAGCGCCCGAGAUCACGUGGGUGUGGAUGCCAGGCGCCCUUGCGGCGUCUCCUGCAAGCGGGUUAUGGCCGGCCGGGUGCGGGGCGCAGCAGGGCCUUGGGCUCUGGACCUGCUUCGGGCCCUGCCUCGUGUGAGCCUGGCUAACCUGAGGCCGAACCCGGGCUCCAGGAAACCGGAAAGACGACGAAGAGGUCAGAGAAGAGGUAGGAAGUGUGGCAGGGGCCACAAAGGAGAACGGCAGAGAGGAACCCGGCCCCGGCUGGGCUUUGAAGGAGGCCAGACUCCAUUUUACCUUCGAAUCCCAAAAUACGGCUUUAAUGAAGGACACAGCUUCAGACGCCAGUAUCAGCCUUUGAGUCUCAACAGGCUGCAGUACCUGAUUGACCUGGGCCGUGUCGAUCCCACACAACCUAUUGACUUAACCCAGCUGGUCAACGGGCGAGGUGUUACCAUCCAGCCAUCUAAAAGGGACUAUGGAGUCCAGUUGGUAGAGGAGGGUGCUGACACCUUUAAGGCAAAAGUUAACAUCGAAGUUCAGCUGGCUUCUGAGCUGGCCAUCGCCGCCAUCGAGAAGAAUGGGGGUGUCGUCACGACCGCCUUCUACGACCCGCGAAGCCUGGAAAUUCUGUGCAAACCCAUCCCAUUCUUUCUCCGUGGACAACCCAUUCCCAAGCGGAUGCUCCCCCCCGAGGCACUAGUCCCCUACUACACUGAUGCGAGAAAUCGAGGCUAUCUGGCGGAUCCUGCCAGAUUUCCCGAAGCGAGACUGGAGCUCGCCAAGAAGUAUGGCUAUAUUUUACCCGACAUCACUAAAGACGAACUCUUCAAAAUGCUCACUUCUCGGAAGGAUCCACGGCAGAUUUUCUUUGGUCUGGCUCCCGGAUGGGUGGUGAACAUGGCAGACAAGAAGAUUCUGAAACCUACGGAUGAGAAGCUGCUUGAGUACUACAGCUCCUGAGCUCCGUCCAGGGGAGCCAGUGGUAGGGCACUGGAAGGGGUGCUGACACAUGUUUCCCACUGCGUCGGCUCAGUUUGUGUUUCUGCAGAGGAUGAUGUUUUCUGUGUAAUCACGCCUUUUUUUUUUUUUUUUUAAUCAAAAUUAAAAAUACAGUAAGCAAGGACUGCGCGGAAGAUGUGGAUCUGUGUGUGUCUCAGCAACAGAGCUCGCUGGCACGCUGCCCGAGGGAGUAGGCGGCUCUUAGACCAUUUCCCCUUGAGUUUUCCAUCUUCUUCCCAUUCAGGUCUUGUCUUAUUGUUGCAAAUCAGAAAGAAUGCAGAUGGGCUGGGCUUGCUUUGUUGUCCUGUCAGUGGGGGUCUGAGGGCUGCUGAUGAGCUGGUGUGCCUCUUGGUUAGCCCUGAGGAACCUCUUACCCAGAGUCGAGACAGCAAGCCUUCAACCCAGACUGAUGAAGAUGUUGGAUGGGAGUGUAAGGCUGGUGAAUAGUUUCUAAGUAUUGCAGUGUUUGCUGGCAAGAUUGAAAUGAAAAUUCCAAGUGAAUUCAUUUUUCUCAACUCUGGCAAAGCUGUCGAAAAUGAUCAAGCCAUUAACAUUUUUUUUCUUUGAAGAAGGUAAAUGUUCCAGUUGAUAUAAUUUUACUUAUUUCCUAGACUUUGGAAACCUUUGUUUUGCAGUCGUUUUAAAUGAUUUUGAAGAAAAUGGUCAGUGAUUAUAUAAGCUAUAAGAACAGUUGGUAACAUGAAAAUUAAACUGUUAAUGUAAAAGGUUUAGCAGUCAGUAAGCUUUUUUAGCUUUGCAAAGAUCUGUUGUAUCUAAACCACGUGGAAGCUUAAUUUAUCCUGAUGCAAUUAAAUCUUGAAUAAUUCCUGAUAAUUCUUCUAUAGUGGAAUUAAAAUGAUUGCUGUUUAUUUUAUUAAAAAUUUUUUUAAAAACCUAAA